UGCGACAUAACCCCAAAAUAAUCAAAAACCCGCCAAACAAUCGACCCAAAAUUGGGUUGUUACAACAGUGUUUCUAGUAAUGACAAAAUCAUAAACAAUAACAGACUGUUUUAAUUAUUGAAAUCUUAUUGCACAACAUAAUGCCAACAAUGAGUGAAGAGUUCACGAUAGAUUCCGAUCCUUUGAGCUACUUUGAAUCGGUCCUCGACAAAGCCGGAAUACUUUUAAAUCCCAACGAAGAAACACACACUUUAAAACAUGAACAGGCCCUGGUUGUGAGAACUAUGAAGGAGCACUUCAAGUCUCCAGAUUCGAACACUGAGGAAUUCAUUAAAGGUUUAAAAUUGUACUGCAACGAUCUCGAUUCGUUUCGCAAAUGUUUGAAUUGUACGUUUAUGAAAAAGUCUGGAGAAGACCAAAGAACCUUAUUAGAAAAUAAACAGGAAAGUGUAAUUAAACUCCUCUUGAGGGUGCAGGAACUCCAAGAUGACAUAUUGGACUUGAUUUUUGAAGAAAUAACCAAAGAUGUAAUGGAACCACAAACAGACACAUCAUGGCUGCGCCUUUUGUUAAAUUCCUUGCGCUAUAUAACCCAAAUAAAAGACCCAGAAUCUGUAUGCACCAAACUGCUAGACAUCGUUGAGGUUUCAAGUUUGGCCUCCCAAUUGGAGAUUUUGGAUGCUAUUCCAGAAAUAAUCCCUGACAGCCAAUAUAGAAAAACUGCAGAAGAAUUGUGCAGAAUAUUAAAUGACAGUGAAGACACUUUGUCUGGUGCAAUUAUCGAUUGUCUGAACGCAUUGAACCUCGAAUGCGAUAUAAGGACAGUCGUUAAAGAGAGAAUUUUAUCAUCCAUAGUGGCUGGUACCUCUCUCAAAAUGUUCCCCAUGUUAUUAGAAUUUCUUUUGACUGAUAACAAAAGUGGAAUAGCCUCUCACUUGUUUCAGAGUGUAAGGGACACAUUGAACACAAGUAUGCCUUCUGAAAGUGAAGAAGACCCAUCUCAUAAAAUAUUUAUUUUUCAAAAGAUGGAAUCAUAUUGUCGCAAGUCAAAGGCCACUACAGAUGGGUGGAUUAACAUGAUCCAGAACAUUAAAGAGCACAAUGCCACCAAACCCAUUGAUCUAUUGUUGCUGUUUAUGGUACACACAACCAUCAAAUCAAAAAGGAAAGUUGUUGAGGCUAUAAUUAAGAAAAAAAUCUCAUCUGGCAUAUUCAGAAUAAAACUGCUUGAAAACGUGUUCACGAAUUAUAUUCCAGAACAACUUUUUAAAGAUUAUUUCACGUCGAUGCUCCAAAUUGGGUGCCAUUUACUCAAAUUUCCCAACGACCUCGUUGUAACCGAAUUUGCUAUAACCAUGUUCAAAAUUAUAUUUUCACAUAAAUACACAGAAAUAAUCCUUAGAAGGGAACUGCUUGAUUCUUUGAUACUCAUCAGUGGGACUCUUAAUUCAAACACGUCUGCCUGCAUCGUCUUAAAACUAAUGUCGUACUUCCUUGACGACAUAUCCACCCUCCAGUGCCACACCACACAAUUAAUGUUGCUCAUGGAAAAACUCGACAUCUAUCAGUUGAACGACGUGAAACAGGUGUUCGAAAUAUUGUGCGCCCUGACUUGCGGAGAACACGCGGACGAGGCCGUCUCUGGAAUCAAGGACGAAAUCCACAUAAUCGUACGCAAACAACUGUCCAGCUCCAAGCGGACGAUCAAGCACAGGGGAAUAGUGUCGGCGGUGGUGAUGGCCAAACAUCUGGCAAUCACCAGCGAAGAUCAAUCGGAACUGAGCAUUUCCGAUGAAUCUUUAAUUUCUAUUGCCAGUUUACCCGCAGGAAAGGCCAGAGAUGCCGCCGUUCUAUUGGAACUGGCCACUGCCAGCUGCGCAUCUUCCGCCGACCUAAUGGGGUUGUUCUACGAUCAACUGGCGUCGAUGUUGAUAACGACGAAAUACCUAGAUAGACAUUUCAUGGGUUGGCUCUACGAAACCAUCACGGACUGCUUUCAAAACAAAUACGUCACCGAAAUUUUGCCGGACAAAAUAAUGGGUCUGAAAUUCAGCAUGCAGUACGAGCUAAACAGCCGCGAGGAGUUGGAGACGCCGCUGGGAAUAAACAUUGGAAGGCUGACGAUGGACAUGGAAAGCACGGAUUCAAUUUUAUUGCUGGCGCCCCAUUUUCGACUGUUGAGACUUUUGCACUAUCGCCAGCAAAACGGGGACUUGUCCUCCAUUGACGCGCUGCUCGGUUGCGCUGUGGUCAUGCCAGUGGUGGAGGACUUGGAAGAUCUGAACCUUGAGCAGAUCAAGCAGGUGUCUAGUUGCUUAUUUCACUGCGUGAACUGGUUUAGGGAGAUCAUUAGCGCAUUUGUAACUCAGGACAGCCAAAUGCUCAGGACUAAAGUUCUGAAGCGUUUACAAAAUUUAAUAGACUUAGAGUUGAUGUUGCUGGAGUAUGUGGAAAAAGUACCAGACUAUAAAUUACCAGUGAGUUAUUUCGAUUCAGUGUCUCAAAUGACUCGGCAAAAGUCUCCACUGAGAGAGAGAAAGUCGGUAAACCCCAGGAAAAAGCUAAAGACCAGCGAAACUGUCAACGACAAUGACACAACCGUGGGCAGCGUGGCGAACACACAAUCAGCUCCAACUCAAAGGGGCAGACCUGGGGCAAAAAAGCAAUCAGGCGACCAUGCGAUUAUUUUCAGAGAAGUUGACACGGAUGUGAUAAAAUUGUUGAAGUAUACGCUAAAAUCGAACGGUGAAGCAAACUCUCAAGAUGAAGGAUUCCAUUUAAAUAUUCACCAAUUGAAAUUCAUCCUUAAGGAUUUCGCCUCCAAGUUGAGCGUAUUGACCAAGGGUAAGGAACGUGGAUUAUCCCACUUGAACGCAGUUGCUCCAAUCAACAUGAUAACGGAUUGUGUAAAAAUCUUACCGAAAAUCAAAAAACACUUAGAAACGGUGACUGAAGAAUUGAACGAACUGCUGAAAGAAUCUGACGGAAGGCCCGACCUACCCAUAAUGUAUACGGAAGAAGCCAUCAACGUGAAAACGUGUUUUGGACUUAUAAUUGAAUGUUUAUUUUAUAUCUUUGGUUGGCCGGGAUUCCAGAACACCAAAAACUCGGAUCUCCUCGCUAAACUGAUCAAAUCUUUUGAUGCUACUGAAACCCAAUCAUAUAAGUCGGUUAAAGGGCUUGUUACGGUUUUUAUACAAAUUUUAUCGGGCUAUACGGAUCAAUGUUUGGAUAUUCAACACGCAGUAUACUUGAUUAAAACCAUUGAAGUCUUGUCGAACACAAUAGAUCCUGCCACUGACGUGAAAAAGAUGAUCAUAACAACCAGUUCGAAGCUUUUGAGUAAACGCUGGUAUAAUAGCAAAGGUGUAUUGAACACUGGGAAGGAGUGUAAUGCUGCCAUUGAUGUUCUAGUGAAAAAUUAUCUAAACAAUGCCAAUUUGAGGACGCUCUGCGGUCUCAUCGGCACAAUGCAAGAAGAGGUGCCUGUCUUAAAACAAAAAGAAGACUGUUUACACAUGCUAGCGAGUAUCGACAAACAAAACUUUCACAUUUUUUACAUGAACAUUUGUUUAGCUUUACAUAACAGAGUAAAAAUCGACGUACAAUCCUUGACAAAUCAACAACACUUGGAAUUGUGGAACAACGUGGCCUUGGCGAUGCAGGGUCUAAUGUCUGUGGCCAAGAUGCAAGAGACGAAAAACAAUUUAACUAGCUUCUUAAAAAAAUCAAUUGCUAUUUUAAAAACAUUCAUGAGUCACGGCAUUCCCAUUUUGGAAAUUGCGCUGAGGCACAAUCCAGAUGAAGUACUGGUCAUCUUUAAGACCAUGCAGACUAGCACUAGAUUUCUCCAUCACUUGUGCUGCUAUUCAAAACUAACCAAAGACACGGGAAUUAUGUCGUACGUGCCUCAAUUCCGUCUCAUUCUCGAAACUCUUAUUUAUAGGGUGAAAGCCGCCCUAGUGGCCAAUAAUUGUUCGGCGGCCUUUUGGAUGGGGAAUCUCAGAAACAGAGAUCUACAAGGUGAAGAUAUUAUAUCACAAAGCACCGUUAUUUCUGAACAAAACGACCAGGAGGACGAAGAAUUACCUGAUGACAUAUUUCAUGAGUCUGAUGAAGAAGUGAGAUCUGAAAGUGAAGUUUUUUAAAUAUUUAUUGCUUACCUUUUCCAUUUGAUUGCUGUUCGUAAUUAUGCCCUCUUUAAGAAAUAAGCCAUAGUCGGCGUAGAACUUCUCGUAUUCCGACUGAUCUUUUUUUAGCUGGUCCAAAAGGAAUUUAAGCACGCGACUUGUUAAUACGUUUCGUAGCUUACUGAAAAGUGUUAUUUUUAUAUUAUUAAAUUAUUUUGUAUUUUUGAAUAAAUGUUUAUUUUGUUUAAA